AUGGACGCCGACGCCGCCGCCGUUCACAAGCGCAAGCGACCCGAUGAGUCCGACCCCGGCGCCGGGGAGCUCGACCUCUCCGCCGCCGACGCUGUCGAGGUGCUCGACCUCCGCGCCGCCAAACGCCUCCUGCUGGCCUUCGAGCGCCGCCUCCGAGACAACCUCGAGGCGCGCAUGAAGUACCCCGACGACCCCGCCCGCUUCGCCGACUCGGAGAUCGCGCUCCACGCCGAGACCGACCGCCUCCGCCUCCUAGCCGGUGCGCCCGAGCUCUUCCCCGACCUCGUCCCCAUCGGCCUCGCCUCCUCCCUUGCCUCCCUCCUCACCCACGACAAUGUCGACCUCGCAGCCGCCGCCGCAUCCCUCCUCACCGACCUCACCGACUCCGAGGACCCCGCCGACCUCGCCGCCGUCCAGGCCCUCGCCGACGCGCUCGUCGACGCCAACGCGCUCGACCUCCUCGUCCACAACCUCUCCCGCUUCUCCGAGACUGACUCCGACGAGGCUGAGGCCGUCCACAACACCCUCGCCGUCCUCGAGAACCUCCUCGACCUCCGCCCCAACCUCGCCGACAAAGUCUGCGACGGAACCAAGCUCCUACGAUGGCUCCUCUCGCGCCUCAAGGCACGCGAGUUCGACGCCAACAAGCAGUACGCCUCCGAGAUACUCGCCAUCCUCCUGCAGAACAGCCCCGCCAAUCAGAAGCGCCUCGGCCAGAUCAACGGAGUCGACGCCCUGCUUCAGGCGGUUGCUAUGUACAAAUCCAGGGACCCAAAGACCUCCGACGAGGAGGAGAUGCUCGAGAACCUCUUCGACUGUCUCUGCUGCGUGCUCAUGCCCCUGGAGAACAAGGAGAGGUUUGUGAAGGCUGAAGGCGUUGAGCUCAUGAUCAUCAUUAUGAAACAGAAGAAGCUGGCAUACAGCUCCGCGAUCCGCACGCUCGAUUUUGCCAUGACCAAGUUCCCACCUGCGUGCGAGCGUUUUGUUGAUGUGCUUGGCCUUAAGACUGCUUUUGCGGCCUUCAUGGGUGGUAUUACCAAAGGCUCACGAAGGAUGAGGUUACUAGGAAAAUUUGUUGAGAAUGAAUGUGAAAAGAUAGACCGUCUGAUGGAGUUCUACACAAGGUAUUCGAACAGAGUGAAAGAAGAGACUGAAAGACUUGAUAGCCUUGAUUUGGAAGAUUUAGAGAUGGACGAUGAUGAGCGGUAUAACCGAAAACUUGAAGUUGGGCUUUACACACUGCAGUUAAUUGCGCUUAUUCUGGGACACAUCUGGCACUCUGGGAAUUCCCAGAUGAGAGCAAGAGUAGAAUUGCUUCUUAAACAAAACAAACUUACGAAGCAAGAUGUGAAGGACAUACUUGAGGAGUAUCAUGACAACAUUGGGGACUUGGAUGGACCUGAAGAGAAGGAAAGAGCACAAGCGCGGACCAAGGAAAUUAUUGCGGCGUUGUGA